AUGUCAGGAGAAAGUGCCCAAGAGGCCGAGACUCCCUUUCUGACCGGUGCUCUUACCACUGAGACUGGAUUUUGGGCAGAGUAUAUUGCUUCUCGUCCAUCACCGUCUGAAGAAUUUUUUCGCUUGAUUCACGAGUAUCACACUUCACACGGCGACCCAACAACUGCCAUUGCACACGAUGUCGGUACAGGGCCCGGAAAUAUUGCAGAAAGACUUUUAAAGUAUUAUGAUCAUGUUGUCGGUUCAGACGUUAACGAGCGAGCACUUGCUGCUGCACCGCUGCUGAUACCUGUCGAGAAGAUCCAGCGACUGACGUUCGUCAAGUCUCCAGCUGAAGGCCUCGCUACCGAUGGAGUCGUUCCAGACAGUGUCGGACGUGGAAAGACUGAUCUUAUUAUUGUGAGCGAGUGUAUCCCACUCCUAGACGCUCCGAAGGCCCUAGAGGCAUUCCAUAACCUCCUUCGUCCCGGCGGAACUGUUGCAAUCUACUUUUACGGACGGCCCAUCUUUACCGAUGCUGACGACUCUGGAAAGCUGAAUGCCAUGUAUGAUCGCAUUGCUACACGCAUUUGCCAAUUCUUACUGCCCUUCAAAGAAUCACCAGGCUUCCCUAUACACCAGCGUGCAGCGGAGGCCCUGAUCAGCUAUCUUGAUAAUAUUGCAUUCCCAGCCGCGGAAUGGUCAGAUGUCGUGAGAUACAAAUGGAACUACGACGUACCUCUGUUGUUCAAUAGCAAGGAGGGCUACGACUUCGACUUUGCACCUGUAGACCGACGACAAGAGGGAGAAAUCACAAAGGAGAUCACUGACCGGACCUGGUGGCAGGAUGAAUGGGAUGUUGAUCGGGUCAAAGAAUAUUUGAGUUCAGUAUACCCUAGCUACCAAAAAAAGGCUAGCGACAAAUACCGCGAAAUUGAGGAGGAUCUUGAACAGCUUCGACAGGCUCUUGGAGGAGGAAAAUCCAGACGCAAAGUUACUUUCCCCGUGGCUUUGGUCCUCGCUACAAAAAGAAAAAACAAACUAGAUGGUGAUGACUAG